CAUGAACCAAGAGAAGCUCGCCAAGCUGCAGGCCCAAGUGCGCAUCGGCGGCAAGGGUACUGCCCGCAGAAAGAAGAAGGUUGUCCACAGAACAGCUACAGCAGAUGACAAGAAACUUCAGUUUUCUUUGAAGAAACUAGGAGUCAACAAUAUUUCUGGAAUUGAAGAGGUAAACAUGUUUACCAACCAAGGAACAGUCAUUCACUUCAAUAACCCUAAAGUUCAGGCAUCUCUGGCUGCUAACACUUUCACUAUCACCGGCCAUGCUGAGACAAAGCAGCUGACAGAAAUGCUUCCUAGCAUCUUAAAUCAGCUUGGAGCUGACAGUCUAACCAGCCUGAGGAGAUUGGCAGAAGCCCUACCCAAGCAAUCUGUGGAUGGAAAAGCACCACUUGCUACUGGUGAGGAUGAUGAUGAUGAAGUUCCAGAUCUUGUUGAAAACUUCGAUGAAGCUUCAAAGAAUGAGGCAAACUGAACUAAGUGUCACGUUCUGAAUAAAGUUAAAACUUGAAAAAG